AUGCCCCACGGCGCCUUCCAGCGGGUCGAGCCCACAUUAGACGGGCUUGAAGAUUCAGACGACGCUUCGGCGAUGUUCAAACGUUGGGCAACCUACAACGAGUAUCUGUGUGCUGUAUCGCUGGAGAACAAAAUCAUACAUUUUUGCAAAACCAAUUUUUAUCGGUUUUGCUGUGCUGGACAUCUCCAAGACCAAAAUGUACGACCGUCAUUACAAUGUGAUGGCGUGUACUGCGGACAUCGCCCAACCGUACCGACUGUUACCUAA